GUCCGAUACAUGUGUUUACCGACCGAGUGCCACAGAGAGAAACAAGCGUGCGAAGCUGCUGCGUUUAUUCCUCUUAUCGUGGGCUUCAAGCACGCACUCUACUAAUACAUAAGGUGGAAGUAACUUUUAUCCUCCAGAGAAGAGUUAUACAACACCCGGAUUAUACAGCUGGAAAAAGUGUCACGGCACACGAUAACCAUGUCGGCCACAUCGGCGAAAGUCAAUAGAAAGGAUAAUUCAAAUCACGACGGAGCGGACGAGACCUCUGAAAAAGAGCAACAGGAAGCAAUUGAACACAUCGACGAAGUACAGAAUGAAAUUGACAGACUGAACGAACAGGCAAGUGAAGAAAUUUUAAAAGUAGAGCAGAAGUACAACAAAUUACGCCAGCCCUUCUUUCAGAAGCGAUCAGAACUCAUAGCCAAAAUCCCCAACUUCUGGGUCACAACGUUCGUCAAUCAUCCACAAGUUUCAGCUCUUUUGGGGGAGGAAGACGAGGAAGCACUUCAUUACUUGUCGAGGGUGGAGGUCACUGAGUUCGAGGAUAUCAAGUCUGGAUACAGAAUAGAUUUUUAUUUUGAUGAAAAUCCGUACUUUGAGAACAAAGCCCUUUCCAAAGAGUUUAAUGUAAAUGAAAGUGGAGAUCCUGUUUCCAAAUCAACUGAAAUCAAAUGGAAAGCUGGAAAGGACCUGACAAAGCGUAUAGGCCAGUCGCCAAACAAAGCUGGGAAGAAACGGCAGCAUGAAGAGCCAGAGAGCUUCUUCACCUGGUUUACUGACCACUCGGAUGCAGGAGCUGAUGAGCUGGGAGAAGUGAUCAAGGAUGACAUCUGGCCUAAUCCGCUGCAGUACUAUUUGGUCCCUGACAUGGAGGACGAGGAAGGUGACGGCGAUGAUGAUGACGAUGAAGAGGAGGGUCUGGAAGAUAUUGACGAGGGGGAGGAAGAGGAAGGUGAAGAUGAUGAUGAGGAUGGUGAUGGAGAGGAUGGAGAGGAUGACUGUGAGGAUGAUUAAACAUUUCAACCCACACAUUUCCAGUCCUCCAUCUGUGAUCAUCUUACAACCCACGGGAGCAAUAUUUUUGGUUGUUUUUUGGGGGGGGGCAUGGUGGUGUUUGUAAAAAAAAAAAAAGAAAAAAAAACUAAACAAAAAAAAUGUUUUUCCUGUGUCAUCAGCGCUUGUCCGUCCUCUUCCUCUGCAGCCACAGCCUGUCCAUAAUCCAUAAUGCCAUGUUUUAAGACCAGCUUCAUACACAGCAGGUCUUCAUUGGGUGGGGUGAGGGUGUCCGUGGCUAUCACCUUUCCUUGUUUCUCUACAUCUCCCAAAGACAUGCUAAAGAAUAAAAAAAAUUGUAGCAUUCUGCACAUCAUCUUACGUAGAUUUGAAAUACGUACCAUAGAAAUUUAAAAUAUGACAGUUUCUUUUGAAUUUGUGAGUUCAAU